AUGGCGGACACAAACAUCCAGGAAAGAUUGUUGCCUUUGGGAUGGACCGCUUCUCGAAGCAAACCCGGCAUCAGAGCUUCCUUCAUGCGCAAGAUGCAAAGCCGAUGCGUGGAUUACACCAAAGACUUUCCACUCAAGUGUUUGCUGUACGACGUGUGCAUGGCGCGCGCGAUCAGUGCCGUGCAAGCCAUCGCCCAGCAGAACAAGAUGUCCCCGGAGAAAGUCGCGUCUGACAUGGACACCUUCGAAGAGUAUUGGCAUCAGCAACUCCGCAAAAUGGAAGACAUUUGCCGACUCGAAUUUGCAAGAACCGGCUCCAUGGAUGCGGCGCUGCCAUCAGUAUUCUUCACCGUAGCUCCGGCAGAAUGGCGAUAUCUUCUACACGAAGGAUUGUUCGAGGGAGGUUCCCUCGCGGACCAACAGCAGAAAAUCACCUUGCGCCAGUACCACACGCUUGAAACGCUAUUGGAGUUUCAUAUCUUCAAGGACGGCGACUCCCUGCAGAGAAUUGGCAUUGCUAAGGUUCGACAAUGGUCGUUCCGAUUUGAGUUUCAGUCGAGAGGAACGCUGCACCUGCAUGCCGUUCUUUGGGCAGAUCUGCUGCCGAACAGCAGCGCCGAAAGCAUGACAGGCCGCAGCGGCGCAGACAAAAAAUCGCCCUUUGUGCGGCUUCUCGAGGAGCUGUUCAGCAGUCGAGCCGAUGUUCAGGUUGGAGACGGCGCGCACAAUCUUCUGAGAUAUGUAGCCGGCUAUUUUUCCAAAGCCUCCGAUGCGUUGCAGUUCAGCCGAGAACAAGCUCAUCAUGCGGGCAGUCCAACCGAGACUAGCAAGUGGCGCAAAAAGUCUCCUAUGGAACAAGAGAUGCUGAUGGAAUUUGCAGGCCUCCGACGCUCCUUUUCUGGGCACGCAAUCUACGCCCCGAUCCCCGGCAGCACCGCCAGAAAUUCCUCUCGAGAUCAGUAUCUCGUGUACCAGUACUACCUCAAGGAGCAGAAGGAUGGGCUGGGAAGCGCCCACGGCUUGUCCUACAUUGAAUGGCUACGCCGCUACCGCGUGGUGGACGCGAAUCAGCACACUGUAGCCAGAAGAAACGUUGCAGGCCCAGCCAGAAGCUGCGAUUGCGGUGUAGCAAUGACUUUUCCUUUCGAGCUGUUGGGCAUCUUCAUCGGUGCCUGGGCGGCCACAUUCCUCAAAGAGCUGCCGGAGUACAGAAUCCUUCCGGACACCUCCAAGGACAAAGACAACUAUGGUACCAGUCACAACAACGAGAACAUGCGCAGAUCGUCUUUCAUGGCACCAGAAGGUUGCAAGCAUCUGAAGGCAGUGCUCUCUUUGGAUGAUUUCCAGCUGCCCAACGCAAAUCCAAGCGAGUUCCACCCCGACAUCGGCAAACUCCUGUCCCAGAUAGAGCAGGAUCUAAUUCUUCGAGGCCUCGGCGAUGAUCUCGUCGCCACCUUCAAAGCCCGCAUGCAUGCGUGCACGCUCCUGCUUCUGGAUGUCCGGAACGGUUUCGAAGACCCGGGUCUCUGGAGUGCCAAGAAAAUUUCGGCAGUGCCACGCCGAGUUUGGUCCGAAGAGCAGCAGCUGGUACUGGACCACAUCAAGGCCGGAACUGCCGUCAGCGAUGCGGCGAUCAUGGAGAACUCCUGCAGGAUCCUACAAGUUGGAGGAGGUCCCGGCGCGGGCAAGACGGAAGUCGUCAUCGCAGCCAUCAGACAAGCGUUGCAAGACAACUGCCGAGUUCUCAUUGCCGGCCCGAUCGGACUUCUGGUAUCGAUGUAUCGUCUUCGCUUGCCUAACCUGAACAACCUCACCAUGGAGACAGUGCACUCUGCAUUUCGCAUCACUCGACAUGCAGACGAAGCUUAUAUCCCUCCUGGCCGAUUGCGACAAUACGAUCUGAUCGUGAUCGAUGAAGUAAGUCAAAUUGAAGCCGUGGUGUGGCGCAAAUUGCGCACGGCAUUGGGCGAACUUGCACCAUCGCCCUUUGUGGUGUUCGUCGGAGAUUUUCAACAGCUUCAGCCUCUCAGUGGAGGUCCCGAGCUGGAGUCAGCACUGCAGAAGCAAAGGGACGCACAGAGCAUCUUUUACGUGGAGCUCAAGCACCGCCAGGCGGCCCGCACUGUAGAUGCGGAAAUGCUCAGCUUCCUCAAUGCAACACGGGUGCGGCAACCAACCAGAGAGGAACUGCAAACAUUCUUCGGUGGUCGAAUCUGGCCGUCCGAUGUCGUGGCAGCCGCAAGAACAGCAAAGGCCAUAGAGUCCAUCUCCGACAAGAACUUCACGUUCCUCACGGUGACGAACAAGGGUGCUGCUCUGUUGAACCUCGCCCGGUUGCAGUUGGAGUUUCCCCAAGCAGCUGCAAUUCUGGCGCAAGGCGGAGGCAUGCCCACCGAAAGCGACAAGGUCGCCGUAGCUCCGGGGAUGAGAAUGCGGUUGACGCACAAUGUUGACAGGGAGCGAGGCUUCGUCAACGGUAAGAAAAGGUACGCCUAUGUCGGGGUGUCCAGAGCGAAGCGCCGAGCAGAUGUGUUAUUGAUGGGUCGCAUCAGGCGCUCAGACUGGCGGGCGGUGAAAGGCGAGGGCUCCGACGAGCAAAAUGAGGUCUCCGGUUUGAGCGAGAGCACCCAUAGCAGCGAGCCCGAUGACAUUGAGGAAACCACCGAAGACGAAGACUCGCCGCAUCCAGACACUACCUCCUCCAGCUGGAUGCCGACAACCUCGACAGGAAGUCAGUCUAGCAGCGGCCCGGAGCCUUCCUCCAAUUCCUGA